AUGGAUGUAGCGUACGACCACAUCCAAGAGGAGAGUCUCGCUUCCUCUGGCAACCCCCAUGAUUCCGAUAAUCCCGGCGAGCCAUCCUCAUCCAGCCAGAGGCAAGAUCUCACCAGCGAAUUCCAGGACUCCUUACGUGUGCUAUCGGCCCAGCCAUGGGGUGCCCGUCUUGGUGGAUUGUGGAGUAACGUCCGAAAACAAGGAGAGACGUACUACGAGGGUGCUCGCCAGGAGUACACGGCUGCGAGUGAGGAGGCAAUCAGGGGGUUUACAGGCUUGAGAGCGACCUUAAUCGACCGAACAAGAGGUCUUUCGAUUAGUGGACUAAAUGCGAAUGAUGAGACGGACGAAGCCACUGGAGACCGAGACGAGACGUCGACUGCUGAUGACGCUGCAACCAUAAAGCCUAGCGACAAGGCAGGAUCUGGGAGUGAUAAUACCGAAGUAGAUGGAGAAGGGCUUAUUUCACGGUUUCGUUCUGAGGCUGCCAAACGGUUAAAGGACCUUGAGAGGGCCGAAGACGCAGCAGACGAAGCUCUUCUCAAAUUUGGCACCAACAUUCGAAACUUCCUACGUGACGCCGUUAGUGUCGCUCCACCCAGUUCCACAGACGAGAAGACGGAUGGCAAGAUGUUAUUCGAGAGCAGGGACUCGGAUGGCAAGAGGGUUAUUCACACCACUCGCUUUGAAGCCCAGCUUCAUGCCAUCCAUUCAAGCCUAGAAGGCUUCACAGCAGACCCUUCCAGCGAAGAGUGGGAUACGUUUAAGGGCGAAUUUGAAGUUGAUAAGAAGACAGAAGAUAUUGCGACAGACCUGGAAAAAUAUCCCGAGCUUCGUAAGGCGAUGGAGGCACUUGUCCCGGAGAAAGUUGAGUAUGGUGAUUUUUGGCGUCGAUAUUACUUCCUCCGCCUCGUUAUCGAGACAGAAGAGAGGCGACGAAGGGAUCUACUGAAGGCAUCUACGGACGAGGACGAAGAGGUUGCAUGGGAUGAAGACUCGGACUCCGAUUCCCCUGCCACCCCACAACCCGCGUCCCCAUCCAAGCCAUUGAGUAAACCUGCUACAUCAUCCAGCAAUGAAAAUUUACAGGUAGGAGAACCACGCCGUUCGAACGACCUGCAAUCUCAAGCCGGGAGCGACGCAAGCUAUGAUCUUGUCAGUGGUACUACUAGCCAUGCUCCCAGCAGUCCAAAGGAGAAGUUAUCUGAGGCUCCAGCCAAGGUCGAUGAUAGCGACGAAGAAGACUGGGAAUGA